AUGGAAAGCAUGAUGUAUGCCAAUGUCUUUCUCCUCUACCUCCUGAGUCUGAUGGGCAACGGGCUCAUCAUUAUGAUGGUAAUCGUGGACCGCCAUCUCCAGAAACCCAUGUAUUUCUUCCUUAGCAACCUUUCUUUUAUAGACAUCGGACACACCACAUCCUUCAUACCCAAGCUGUUGCUCAAUUACCUCUCUGCUAGUAAUGCCAUCUGUUUUUAUUGCUGUGUGAUUCAGUUGUGCUUCUAUUUUCUUUUCGGGGUCACGGAAUUUUUCAUCAUCACUUUGAUCUCCUUGGACAGAUACGUAGCCAUUUGCCAUCCUUUGAGAUAUGCCACCAUCAUGACUUCGGGGGUCUGCCUCAAACUGGCAAUAGGAGCCUGGUUUGGAGGUUUUAUCUCCAUAGUUUGUCAAGUAGUGAUGAUUGCCAACCUACCCUACUGCACCUCCAACAUUAUCAAUCAUUUCUUUUGUGAUGUUGGACCGGUGUUGAAGAUUGCAGGAGGAGAUACACAUGUUAUUGAAACCCUCGGUUUCCUGGUUUCUGUGGUGGUGAUAAUGUCCUCUUUGCUUUUCACCCUCGUUUCUUACCUCUUCAUCAUCGUCACCAUUCUUCGAAUGCCUACAACCUCCGGACAGCAGAGAGCUUUUUCUACCUGUGCUUCACAUCUGAUUGUAGUUUUCAUUUUGUAUGGCUCCGUCUUUUUUGUCUACCUAAGGCCAACAGUCAAGAACUCUUCCUUCAGGGUAAUGAAGGUUGUCUCCGUUGUCUACACAAUGAUCACUCCAGUGCUCAAUCCUUUCAUUUACACCAUUAGGAACAAUGAAGUGAAAGAGGCUGUUCAGAAAAUGAUAGGAAGAAAGAUUCCAGCUCUUCUCUGUGUUAGAAGGAAUGAGAAUUGAUUCCAUUAUAUAUAUUAUUAUUAGAUAGAUAGAUAGAUAGAUAGAUAGAUAGAUAGAUAGAUAGACAGACAGACAGACAGACAGACAGACAGACAGACAGACAGAUAGAUAGAUAGAUAUUUCAAACACAUAAAUCAAUGCAUGGACAGUGUGGCACCUGAGUGUCAUACAUUCUAAUAUGAAUAAAGCUUUUAAUAAAGGGUGAUAUGAUUAAAAGUUAGAACAAGUGAUAGAAAUAAGAGAAGGGGGAAUAUUAGAGUACACACUUUUAUAUAAGUAGCUGCAGAUAGAGAUAAAGAUCCAAGAGAAGAAUAUGGGAGGCAAGGCAAAAAAAAAAAAAAAAAGCAUAGCAAUUAAAGUAUUGAAGCAGGCAAGAGACGAUGGAUAGAUGAUUUCUCCUUUUCAUUGUUCUGAUUUACUUUUCUUUUUCUCUCACUUUCUUUUCUUUCUUUAGGUAGGUGACAUGAUUAGAGGUUAAGUAGGAUAGAAAGAAAAUGUUUUUUUAAUAAAGGGUGACAUGAUUAAAAAUUAGAAUAAGAGAUAGAAAUAAGAGAUGGGGCAAUAUUAGUGUAUACAAUUUUAUAUAAUAAAAUAAAAGGAAUAAUGAAAAAACAAGG